AUGAUACUGCCCUUUUGCGGCCUGCAGGCCUCCGAGGACCAGGAUCCCAAAGGGGACGACUCUGAGCUGCUGUCCUCUCAGGAGGACCUCUUCAACACUGACAAGACAGGCACAGGGGUGGACAGCACAAUGUCAGAGCCAGAGAACGAAGGCGUGCCCACUGACCCCGCCCACACCCUGCGUCUGCUGCACCUCUCUGGGCAGGGCACCCUGGUGCAGGGGAGCCUCUCUCAGAACUCUGUUGACUUUGUAGCACYCACCCAGGAAAAUUUGAGCCAAACACCUUUUAUUGUCCCCAAUUCACCGACAGGACAAGAAAAUGAACUGGGUGCCGACGAACCAAUGGACACGUCUAUGCCUCCGGAGGACCAAUCGGAUGGCAAGGAGGAGGAGCCAAUGGACAUGGACCCAGCUCCUAAGUCACACCCCUCGGCAUCCACCCCAGUAUCCCAGAACUCCCCAGGUUUUGUGUUGGAGAGGACCCUCUCUCUGCCUACCCAGCCUGAGUUCUCUCAUGAUGUAUUUGUCCCAACCCAGAGUCAAGAGGCUGGAAGCAGUAGCAUAGCUCCACAAGAGACGCACAGCAGGAAAGUGACAUCAUCAUCAUCCCAACCCACAGCACUGGAUUCAAGCUCACCCAAGAUGGCCGCUGCACCCGCCCAGUCCAAAGCACCCACAACAACUGACCGAGAACAAUCUGUGACUGAUUCUUUCCAACUGGAGCUGUCUGUGAAUACUCAGAGCUGUAGUCUGGCCCAGCAGGCUUCCAUGCAGGCUGGGGGGAAGGAUGUCGAGGAGGACAGUCAGGCUACACAGAUAGAAGAAGGUCUGGACGGACCCCUACAGAUAGACACCAGUGACUCUGUGAUUUCACGUAACAGCCAGAAGAGGGAAAGUAACGGGGUYCCCUCCGACCCAAAAACACCUGCUAUUUUKCCAAAAGUUCCUCAGGUGCCUGACUUGCUGAAGACUAGCGGGGAAAGUACCAGGAGAGAGGAAUGUAACACUUCACAGAAGUCUGACACGCACAAACAGACAACCUUGAAUGUACGCAACGUGAAUAUAGGUGACGAUGGUAUCAAUGUGACCAAAACAGAUAGUUCUCAGAAGCAGGAUGCCAAGGCCUCUUCCCCCUCUCCCUCCUCCCAACAGAAGCUUGAAACCAUAGACUUAUUCACCCCUAGCAGCUGUGUGCAGGAGACGCCUUCUUCCUCGAAUAGCGCUCCCUGUAGUUUGGCCUCCCUGUCUCAGUCUCAAUCCCAGUCUGUUUUCUCACAGAUGUCUCACGUGGGCUCAGUGAAGGCUCUCUCGCCGAGUCCAGGUGUUUGUGUAGACUCCAGAAGAGAUGGAGGAGGAAGGAGAGAAGCAGGAGGGGGAGUGGGAAGCCCGACGAGCUCACAGAAAAACCGGGACCCGUCUAAAUCCAUACAGUCUUUAUCGCAGGAGCGUGGAGGCACUGCUACCAACAGCCCAAAGGAGAAAAACAAAGCAGAUGAAGAAGAGGAAGAAGGGAUGGAGGAGGGGGGAGAGAAGCAGCAGGACAGCACGUUGGGGCCCGAGGGCUCAGGCCUCUAUCUGUCUCUCUCUCAGAGCCAGGURCUUUCUCCAGAGCCCAUGGAGGAAGAAGAGGAGGAAAAAAGAGGGAAGUUCUCUGUCUCGCACUCCAGGAGCGAGGGAGGAGGAGGAGAGGAGGAGAGCUGCAGCAGCAUCAUUGUUCUGGAGGAGAGCGAGAGGAGCUCCCAGCUACUGGAGAAGGAAGUGAAGUCGCCGUCGAACAUGGGCACGUCUCAGCCAGUGGCAAGCCGGCGGGGGUCAGUGUCGUCCUAUGGCACAGGGUCACAGCUGAAGGACACCCAGCUGGUACCAAUCGGACUUGCCCAGGUUGAAAAGGAAGGGUCUAGGGAAGCAGAGGGGCUCCGAGACAAGAGCCUCAGUGACAGCUCUGGAGGUGAGAGAAUUCCAUUCCACUUCACUCUCCCCAAAGAAGGCGAGCUGAUUGGCCCUCCUGUGAGUGAUCCCCCUCUGAUCAGCCAAUUGAAGCAGACACCGAGACACAGCACUCCAUUGGUGGACAUGACUUCCUUCUCUGAGAAGUCCGCGGCGGUGGGUGACGUUUCCACGGAGACGGCGAUGGCGACCAGCGAAAUCACGGCGGGGGAGAGUGGCGAGGACACGGCCGAAGGGGCUGAUGGGAAACUUAGUUUGCGGAUGAAGCUGGUGACCCCUGUGGAGGAGGGCAGCUCAGAACGCUUCAGCCUGCAGAAGCCACCGCAAUCAGACGAGGAAGGCUCUGUCUCCAAGGUUACCACCGUUGUCAAGGCUGUAACCAGAGGGGAACUGUUCAGCUCACCCUCACAGCAGAAAAGCUCCCAAAGACCCUCCAUCCCCUCUCCCUCCCUGGAAUGCAUCAGCCUCCCCAACAGCCAAUCCGAGCCUCUCUCCAGCCCCCGCCAGGAAGUGAAGCGUACGUUGCCAUUGGCUCAGAGAGAAAGAGCCUCCUCUGAACCAUCCACCCCAGGCCGUCCAGCAGUGAAAACACCACAAAAAGGCACCGCAGCUGGAGAUAGAGGGCCGUGUGGGCCCCCGGAGCCAUCCACCCCCACCAGAGCCGCUGCCAUCAGACAGAGGGCCGUGUCCCAGCAGACAAGCUUUGACAACACCGUCUCUCCCAGUUCACCAGUAAGCUUUGUCAGAGAGUGGCGUUUCAGCAGACCAGUUUUGAAGCGGCUGGCCCCAGGUCUCCAGCAGCCAGCAUUAGGGUCCUUAGGCGAGCCAGAGACCCCACCCUCGAGGGCAGCUGCUGGUCCCGCCCAUCAGAGACACGUGCGGACCACAGAAGUGAGGACGACGGUCACACGCAUCAUCACAGACGUGUACUACGAGGACGGGAGAGAGGUGCGCGUAAGGUCACUGAUGGAGUCGGAGGAGCCGGUGGUGGAACCAGCCGUGUUGGACAGCGACAUCUCUCUGUGUCGCACCGGCAGCUCCAUGACCUCCGGUGACCUGGGUGAUGUCAGCUCUCUGUCCUCCAAAGCUUCCAGCCUGCAGCACAGCUCCGGGGGCACCAGCAUAGUCACAGGCCCUGCCCAGAGGGGCCCCGACUUUAUCAUGCCGCCCAGCCGAGGGCCCAAGUCUGCCAGCCCCAGGAGGGGGAGUGGGCCGCAGCAGAGGGGCCACAGGGGUCAACCGGCAGGGUCAGAGUUCAUGGGAGAGAGAGUUCAAGGACUCCAUGGGUCGCGGGCCUUCACCCCAUUGACGCCCCGCGGAAGAGCCAGGAGGGGCAGACCUCCGUCCCGCUCACCCCUGUCCAGGUCCCUACACCCGCCUGUGUCCCACCCCGCACAUCCCAGACAGCCCAGCUGUCCCCAGCCACUCUCCACGUCUCUCCUCACCACCACUUCCCAAGAUGAAGGCAGCCCAGCUGGGAGCAGCUUCGUGGGGCUUCGCGUGGUGGCCAAGUGGUCCAGCAACGGCUACUUCUACUCAGGCCGCAUCACCAAGGACCUGGGCGAGGGCGUUACCGGGCUGCUCUUCGAUGACAGCUAUGAGUGCGAGGUCACGGGCAAGGACAUCCUGCUGUGCGACCCCAUCCCCCUGGACACUGAGGUCACGGCACUGCUGGAGGACGAGUACUUCAGCACAGGUCGAGUGAAGGACUACAAGAAGGAGGGCGAGGACUUGUUCUACAGUGUGGAGAAGCAGGGCCAGACUACAGCUGUAGAGAGGGAGGGCCAGACUACAAGCCACUACAGCUGUAGAGAGGGAGGGCCAGACUACAGCCACUACAGCUGUAGAGAGGGAGGCCAGACUACAGCCACUACAGCUGUAGAGAGGCAGUGGUACAGCCGCAGCUCUGUCAUCCUGCCAUGGAACAAGGCAAACAGGCUGAGAGAACAGUACGGCCUGGGGCCCUACGAGCCCUCCACACCCCUGGCCAAGGCCUCUGAUAUCAGCCUGGAUAACCUGGUGAGGGGAAGAGGAGACGCAGGGGAUCACAGGAGGGGCCAGCCCCUCACCCUGUGGCGUCUGUAUGUGUCCAUCCAUUCAUUUCUCUCCACAGGUCAGCGGGUUGGUGUGUGUAAACACUCAGGCAGUGGCACCGACCUGCCCUGGGACCAUAGUGACCUGGCGGAGACUCACGGCCCGCUGCCUCAGAGUGCAUCUCUCUUCCUCGGCUGCUUCAUGCUGACCGCAUCAUCAGAGAGCGACCGCCAGACCAACCAGCCAAUCAGCGAUGGCGAGGAGGGUGAGAAGUAUGUGCAGACGGCCCCCUAUCACAAACGCUACACUGAGACCCAGCUGGAGGCCGGAGCAGGCUUCAUCCUCCACGACUUCAACGAGGAACAGUGCAAGGCGGCCUAUCAGAGCCUGCUGAUCACAGACCAGCAUAGCCGAACCAGGAAGUACCUGCUGUGUGUGGGUGGCGUGCCGUGUGUGUCUCACAUCUGGGUGAGGGACUGUUGCAAGGAGGGCAAGCUGCUCAACUACAGAACCCUGCUGCCCGCCGGAGUGGGCCCUGACGAGCGCAUAGUGGAAUGGCAUCCGCGCUGCAGCCCGUUUAAGGCCCUGCGGGUCCUGUUGGUAUUUGGGGAGCCRGCGGAGCUGUGGUCUGAGCUGCUGAUGAUGAAUGGAGCUUCCUCUGUGAGACAGCACCAAGCAGAAAAGGACAGCUCUGACAUUCCAGUGGGCAAGUUUGACGUGGUGGUCACAGACCGUACCUGUCCGCCAUUGGUUCUGAAGAGUGUGACAUCACAGGAAGUACCCAUGGUGUCGCCCGAGUGGCUAAUCCACAGUCUGAUCUGUGGGGAGCGCCUGGGAUACCAUAGCAACCCCCAAUAUCGUCAUGACUACACAUCCUCAUCYUAAUCCGAGCCUCCCUUCGCACACAAAGGUUUAUUGUAGGUAGAAGAUGCCCUUAUCCUCAGAUCUGGGAUCAGUUUCCCAACUCGCAAUCAUAACCAUUGAGGGAUAUCUGACCCUGUGUCAGUGCUUAGGAGCAACUUGUACCUACAUACACACCGUUAACCACAUUGUAUCAGUUCUAUUGCAUGCUACUGUAUAUAGUUUUAACCUGUCUGUUUUUAUGGAAUAAUAAACUGACUAUUUCAUUUUAA